AUGUCUUCUAUCCGCUCCCUUCUCUUGCUUUGCGCAGCACUGGGCCCGUCGCUCGUGGUUGCUGUGCCUGCACCCCAGAUUCCGACUACAGUCACUUCUGCCACUCUUGCAGAAACAGCAUCACAACCGACAUUCACUACAUCAACAUCAACGCUCUCUACCACUUCCUCCACUCUCUCGACACCGUCAUCGGCGUGGUCCGGCGCCUCACAAUCUGGUACCUCAUCAUCUGGUACUUCGACAUCGAGCGCUUCGCACACCAUACUAAAGCCUGGAAUCCACACAUCAUCACCGGGAGGCUCGGGGAGCAACUACUGGUAUGCGAACAUCGAUCACUCUCUCGAUACCGUCUGGCAAAACAGCGACAGCAGCUACCAAGUCUUCCGCAAUGUCAUGUCCUACGGCGCAAAAGGGGACGGUGUCACCGACGACACCGCAGCAAUCAACGCCGCCAUCUCCGCCGGUAACCGCUGUGGUGGCUUGCCCAGCUUUCCUUCAUGCCAGUCGUCCACCAUCACUCCUGCCGUUGUCUUCUUUCCUCCCGGAACAUACCUUGUCAGCACUCCCAUCCAGAUGUUCUACAUGACGCAGAUGAUCGGCGACCCCACCGAUCUACCCACGCUUCUUGCCAGCUCGGACUUCCAAGGCAUGGCUGUUGUCGACUCAGAUCCCUACAUUCCCAACGGUGGCGGCGCCAACUGGUUCGUCAAUCAGAACAACUUCUACCGCCAAGUACGCAACUUCGUCAUCGACAUCACCCAGUGGAACGGUGGCAUGAACGGUGCCGCCAUUCAUUGGCAAGUCGCUCAAGCUACCUCGCUCCAGAACAUCAUCUUUGAGCUGAGCCCGAACGAGGGCACCACACAGCAGGGCGUGUUCAUGGACAAUGGUAGCGGUGGCUGGUUUGCAGACUUGACCUUCAACAACGGCGACCAAGGUGCUUUCCUUGGCAGCCAGCAGUUCACCAGUCGGAACUUGACUUUCAACAACUGCAAGACAGCCAUCUACUUGAACUGGGAUUGGGGCUGGACGCUGGCUGGUAUCACAGUCAACGGCGGCAGUAUCGGACUGGACAUGUCCAACGAUCCGACCAACCAGACCGUCGGCUCCGUCGUCCUUGCUGACAGCACAUUCUCCAACGUAGAGUAUGGUGUGAAGUUCUCAUAUCAAAACUCAUCCGCGAAUGUCUAUCCCACGGGUGGCACCCUCAUCAUGGACAACGUGGACAUGUCGGGCGUCAGGACGGCCGCGGUCGUUGACAAUUCCGGCACCACCAUCCUGGAGCCCGGCAUGAUCGCCGCAUGGGCUUCUGGAAAUGGCUACUCCAACACCGGCUACUCCGGACGAGGCACUCAAACAGUGCUUCAGCCUACCAGGCAGGAGAAUACGAUCACCCCUGCAACCAAAGCUUCCUCGCUGCUGGACGGCCAAGGAAACAUCUUCGGACAAUCGCGUCCACAAUACGAGACUUACCCCGUCACCUCCUUCCUCUCCGCCAAGCAGAAUGGCUGCGCGGGUGAUGGAGUGACCGAUGAUACUGCAGCAGUCACCGCCCUGCUACAAAAGGUGGCCGGUACCAACAACAUUGCUUACUUUGAACAUGGCGCGUACCUGAUCAAGGAUACCGUCACAAUCCCACCCAACGUCAUGAUGACCGGCGAGAUCUGGCCUUUGAUCGUCGCCGACAGCGCGAGCUUCAGCGACGAAUCCGCCCCCAAGCCCGUCUUCCAAGUCGGCCAGUCCGGCGGCCAACAAGGCUUCUUCCAAAUCAGCGACUUCAUCUUCGAGACCAACGGCCCGGCUCCUGGUGCCGUCUUGAUCGAAUGGAACCUCCAGUCCGCUCAAGGCGAGUCCGGGAUGUGGGACGUCCACACGCGCGUCGGCGGCUCCGCCGGCUCCAACCUCGAAGUCGCCCAAUGCGCCGCGGUUAAUGGCACCAGCGCAAUCAACACCGCCUGCGAAGGCGUCUUCCUCAUGUUCCACGCUACCUCCGCCGCCUCCGGCGUCUACCUCGAAAACACGUGGUUCUGGGUGGCAGACCACGACCUCGACAGCAGCACCCCGGAGCAACUCACCAUCUACAGCGGGCGCGGCAUGCUCAUCCAAGCCGCCGGCCCCGUCUGGCUCUGGGGCACAGCCUCCGAGCACUCUAUCAUGUACAACUACCAAUUCGACGGCGUGCAAGCGCUGUACAGCGGGCUCAUGCAAUCCGAAACCCCCUACUUCCAGCCCUUCCCGGAGGCACCAGCGCCGCUAACCAUCAACUCCGCCUACGGCGACCCCACCUUCUCCGUCUGCGCCGGCUCGGCAUCCGAGUACUGCAAAGAGUCCUGGGGCUUGCGUGUUAUCAACAGCCGCAACGUGCUCAUCUACACCACGGGCUUGUACAGCUUCUACCAGGACUACGCGCAGGAGUGCGCGGCGGACCGCAAUUGCCAGCUCAACAUGAUUCACAUCCAGAACAGCCAGGUGGACAUGUACGCCGUCAAUACCUUUUCCGCCGUCAAUAUGCUGCUUGACGAUGGGGUGGGCACGGUGACGGAUGCGGACAAUGCGAAUUGGUUUUGUGCGACGUUGGCGUACUACUUUACGGGGCAUUAG